AUGGUUUCGAGUGCAAUGACGCCCGAUUUUAACAGAAUAUGCCGGUUAUGUUUAAUUGAAGAAUACUCCCUCGUUCCCAUUUUUGACGAGGGCAAGCUGAGCAGGCAGACGGUGCCCCUCUCACAACAAAUGAUGUCCAUCGCUUCCCUAAAGUUAUCGUCUUGUGAUGGGUUACCAAACAAAAUCUGUCAUAGCUGUCUUAAUCAAGUUCAUAGAUCAUAUGAAUUCAAAACUCUAUGUGAGCGCUCAGAUGCAACAUUACGUCAAUUCAUUGGGCGUCAAAUGCAUCAAUCUGUCAGUACUCAGACUCUUCAGAAUGUAACUGCAAGUGAUGUUAAUCUUUCACAAGGUGCUACAGCUCCUGCUGGCCAAUAUUCCAACUCUAAAAGUGAUAUGGAGGACAUGAAUCAGGGUGAACUGCCCAAAGAGGAACAACCUCCCAACUAUGCAGCAUUUGGAGUCCGGCACAUUUCAUCACAAGAUGGACUCCCUCACAAUGUUUCAUCCCAUCAAGAUUCUGACAAAAUUCAUCACCACCCCGGCUGGCAGGAUGAGAGUCUCAAGGAUCCUUCAGGCCAUAAUGUGGGACUACACACUCUGAAGAGUGUUCCUUUUUCCCAUGAAAAUAGUCCCACACCAAAGUGGGAGUUUGAAGAAAGGAAACCACCAACUGUGCAGGAGUUCAUAUCAAAUUUACAUCAAUUUGCUCAUCCUGUUCAGAAUGGAGAGCGACAAUCUCAAUUUCCAGCCAAUCAGGAGGAUCAAACACAACCGUCCAACUCUCCACAUCAUGGUCCCUCAGUUCUCAAUAAUUUAAAGCCUUCUGGUCUCAUGAAACAAGCAGAUUCUUUUGCUGGACCAGUUUUUGUGCCGACUAAGAGGGCUCAAAGUGGUAUCAAGAGUGUGUAUUACUGUGAUUUGUGUUCAAAAAUGUAUUCAAGUGCUGGAGCACUUUGGAAUCACAAACUAAUUCACACAGGUACCAAACCCCAUACAUGCACAGUUUGUAACAAACAGUUCUAUCAAUUGGCAAAUCUUAAAUAUCAUGAAAAGACUCAUGGAGAAAAGCAGUGGUACACAUGUCAGACCUGUCGGAAGACAUUGAAAACCGAAUUAGGUCUCAAAUUGCACUCUUUGCAACAUAGUGGAGAAAAGCCAUACCUCUGCCCAUAUUGCAAUAAGCCAUUCACUACCCUAGGUGUCCUCGAAGCUCAUGUUCGAAUUCAUACUGGAGAGAAACCAUAUGAAUGUAGCUAUUGCUUUAAAACAUUUGCGCAGCAAGGUACUCUGACUUGUCACAUUCGACGCCACACAGGUGAAAAGCCCUUCUCUUGUAAAGUAUGUCAAAAGUCAUUCACUCAAAGAGCAAAUCUUAAUGAGCAUAUCAAGAGGUACCAUCCCGAUCAAUUGGAGCAAAAACCUAAUGUUCAUCAGAUGCAAGUGGCAAUGGCAGAACACCAUCAACAGAUGUCUCAGUUGUCUGGAACUCCUCAUCCUCAGCAGCCUACAACACCAGGUCCUCAGCAAUCCUCAACACCACAGCUGCAACAACCACCAACACCAGGUUUACAGCAACCUGCAACACCACAACUCCAACAGCCGCCCACACCUCAAAUGCCGCAACCAUCCACACCUCAGCCGCACCUGCAGGACCACCAGCUUCAAGGUGGUUCUGUCUCUGUGCCUCAAGUCAGCCAGGUGUAGUUAUCUGGCUGCCCUGCUGUUUGGACAGCCAGUAGGGCUCGCCUCAUCAAGCCUGCCAUUAUUUUUAAUCCCUUCUGCACAUCAAUUUGAAUUUAAUUGACAAAGUUUUACACUGUGGAACAUUGUUUUAUUGAACUCUCUACUUGUUUAAAAAAAAAUGAUAUUCUGAUUUUAUUUUACGUAUUUUAUUUUACGUAUUUUAUUUUAUUUUGUUUUUACCCUCUGAAGGGUAGAUAUUUUACAUUUUUCAUUUUGAUGUGUUGUUAAAAUCUUAACAAGCUUUAUCAAUGCAGUUGUAGGUAAUUGUUCAUUUUUAAAGAUUGAGUCAGAGCACUGUACUUGAAUACUCUUAUGUUGUGAUUUGUAGUGUUGCAGUGAUUGCUGAGACAUGAUAUGCACUGUUUUUAGAUAUGGAAUGCCAUUUUGUUUCAAAGUGAAUACCACCUAAACCAUGAGACUGAAAUUUAUAUUUGUAGUUUAUCUGUUUUCCUUUCUUUUUUGUUUUUACAGGACUGAAAUCCAAUCAGUCACUUUUCUACAAAAAAUAUUGUGGAGUACCAUGAUUGCAUAAAACUUCAUGGAAUAUCUUACAUUAGAGUUACAGGUAUUCUGUUUCGCAGAGUUCUUCCUUGUAUCUUCAUACUUGACCAGCUUUCUGUUAGUUUAUGUCCCCUUUUGAGAUUUUGAAAGUUUUUUCAAGAAGUUCUUUAUUGUGUGUUAUUUCAGUCGUCUCCUCUUUUGUCCUGUAUUAAAUUUGCAUGUAAGUGUAGUGGUAUUUGUACUUUACAAGCUAAGUCAAGUGUUUAAAAAUUCAUUAAUUGAGAGCAAUAAUUUUACUGUUGGUGUUUAACAAAGCUGCUUCUGGCUCAAGAAGUUCUGUUGUUUUUUUUCUUUUAUGAGAGGGGCAAACUUGAAAUCUUGUACAGAUUUUUGUCCCAGAGAAUAAUAUUGUCUGCAGAGCUCUAGUAUUUGUUUGUUCCCAUUUAACAGCCAAAGUGCAUGUGCACUUCAUAUUUGGCUGUGGUAUAAUUACCUGUAUCUUUCUUCAGUAAUGCUAUCAAAAGCCUAUGCUUGUUGAAUCAACUUAUCUUUAAAUCUAAGUGGGUGACAAAGACUACCAAUUGCAGCCCCUGCCAUAUAUCUGGCAGAACUUCCCCUUUGAGGAUGGACAAGUCUUGCCUCCAAAGCUCUAGUUCAAAGGAAUACCUCAGAAAAGAAACAAUUUUACUCAGUUAUGUACAACUUUACAUAUGUAUACGUGAUAAAUAAGAUUUAGUAAAUUGAUCUCGGUAGUUUCUUGUAAUUUUUGUUUCUUUUGUCGCCUGUACAUUUAUUUUUUUCAAUAUCAUUAUGAAGACAAUGGAAACGGCUUCACUGUACUUUAAAUGUUGUUCUAUAUAUUGCAUGAUAAUAUGUCAUUUGUACAUUAUGUUAUAUUUUUCUUGGAUUUUAUCCAUUGGCAAAGUCUUUGGUUAUUUGUUGUGAAAAAAUUAUGCAGGUUUUCUAAUCAGGAUUUUUUGCUGAGCUUUUGUUAAUUAAGAUAUUAUGUCAUGUUGUUUUGUUUGUUUUUUUCUUAAAUUCUACACUGGUAUAGAAAACUUUCUAUUGCAAAAUGACGGUUUUCUUAUCAGGGAAUCUUUGCAACUUAUAAGAGCCUUGUUUUGCUUCCUUUUCUGUAAUUUCUUCCAAUGGCCGCUCUAGGCAAAAGAGUGCAGUCCAUUUACAUUCUAGCAUGAGAGCAUUUGUUGGUACCUGAAGAGUGGAUGUUUUAGCUAUGAGGAAUUGUAAGUAAGACAUAAAAAUAAUUUUUAAUAGCUCUUUCAUUGGUUUUGUAAUCAAGAAGGUAACUUAUUCAAAACUAGCUUAUGGUUAGAUUAGCUGUUGUAUUACAUUGCUGUUAUUGUAAAUUGCUUUUCUUCUGUCCAUUUUGCACAUUACUUCUCAAACAACCAGUAAAUAAUAGGAGUCAUUUGAUAAGAUCAUGCCCUUAUUUCAGACUUCUAAAGGCAUGAUAACUUGCUCCUCCAGUUUUGCUUGAUUAGGAACUUGCUGUUCAAAGUUUUGUAAAUUUUUUUGUUUACUUUUUUUCCAUCCAGUACUAGUGAACAGUUUGGUUCUUUUUACCUCUUGAAAUUCUUGCUAAUGUAUCCCUUUUUUAACCCAAGGAAGAUUACAAUUUGAUGUUUUUAAGCAUCACACUGUUCUAAAUAAAAUGUAUGCCAGCCUUUUUACAGUUCUUUUGUUUUGUUUUCAUGUGAUUUUUAUUAUAGUGUUUAUUAGCUUCUAAUUAAAUUUGUAGCUCAGUGAUUUUUGUUACCAUGUGUUAGUAUAUAUCAGAGGGCCUAUGUGCAACGUCUUGGUACUCCAAUCUCUACACAAUGUUCACAAAAAGGAAUCAUUUGGGUGCUCAGAAUAUCAGCAAAAGGUAAUGUAAAUGAUCAUGCCAUGCAUUCUUAUUGUUUUCCUCACAGGCACUACAGUUUUGAAUGUCUGUAGCACUUCUCUUCUGAAUAAGUAAUUUUUCAAUCCAUUGAUCAUUUGUUUAAAAGAAAGUCCUUGCUUGCACAUGCUGCCCCAUUUGAGUGUCAAACUAUGCUAAGGAUCUGAAGCUGUGUCAGGAGGAUUCCCAACUCCUCAGUUACACAACUUGUAUCAAUGGCUUUCUGUUAGUUACUUUAGAUGUUUUAUAUGUCACUAGCAAUAGACCAGAUGUAGUACUCAAUACAAGCUCAAUUUUUUUAAGAAAA